GAGCCUGUUUCUUCCUUUUAUCACAGGCAGGCGUUCACACAGAUGAUCAGACUGAGGAAAAGAGACUUCCUGAUGAGCAAGAUUGUUGUCAAGAUUAUUCAAAUACCGUCUGCUCUCGCACGAGGACUGGGAUUAUCACAUUAUCACUGUUCCUUAUAGGAACAGCUGUUUUAUGCAUGGAAGUCGAUGGCGUCUCCUCAGUCGUGGAGUCUAGUCUCUACCACAAUGUCCAUUCCAUCCUCAGAGAACUGGACUGUGAACCUCAAGCCGGAUCAGCCUGCAAUAAAGGCAUGUUGAGAUGGACUCUGCAUAACAGGGUGGACAGAAACCCAUCUAUCAGUGUCCCUCUGGUGAGGGUUCUGAUAAAAGAGCUCGAAAAGGCGGAGAGAAUCGAUUCCAAGAUUCGCAUCAUUCCUUUACUUCACACACUUGCCUACGCAGUCCUACAGUCUGUAUGUAUUCCAGAAGACCUCUAUCGAAGGAUGUACAUUUGCCUGAGAAGUUUAGUUACAUUACCUUUACCUUACUGUGCAAUUGCACUCAACUAUGCAAGACAGAUGAAAAUGGAACAAAUUGCACCAGGAAUACUGUUUCAGAGGAGAGUCAUUGCUGAACACAGCCUACGUAAUGAUCUUUAUCCACUUCAUGAGAAGGUGUUUGUGUUCAUAGAUCCCGCUGUGUUUCCUCCGUCUCUGCUGAAUGCGCUCAAGGCGGACGUGGAGUCUGCGGACGCUGGUGGUGGAGACCCGUUGAUGUGCAAACGCAGGGUUUUACUGCACACAGUGAUAGCUGGAUUAGGAAAGCAGUGCCAUGUUGACCAGCUCGCACAUGCUCUAGAGCAUUUAGGUGAAGACCUGGAGCUGCACUUCCAGAAUGUUGUCACCAUCCUAGAGCAGAGAACAGAAGAUGGAGCUUCUGAUGAUAACCAGUACAAAACAAGAUUACAAAAGAUCUACCAAGACAUCCUGACUGCUGCAAAAGAUUCAUCAUGUCCAGCCUCGAAAGUGGAAACUCAGCUGCCCUGUCCUGAGGUCAGCUUCCAUGUCUGGACCAAAGAGGAUGAGAUAUGGAAUGAGCUGGUUAACUUUGCACUGAUGGUUCCUGCAGACAGAAACUCUGCUUAUAUGGACGAGGAUGACCUGAAACGUAACUCUGUCAUGUCCACCGUGUCCAUAGACAGUGGCAUCGAGGGAGACAUGCCCAUCAGUGAGUUCUCCUCUAUAAUGAUAGAGUCUCAGGGAGGCCCAGAGGAACAGAGCAGCUCCCAGUCCUUCUACAGGAGGCCGUGUAUGCGAUUGCCUAAAGCUGGGAACAGAAUGACGCUCAUGAUGGAGGCCAUUAAGGGAAAUGGAGGAUACGUCCUCAAUAAAGAGGAAAGGAACCUCACGGCUCGCAUUGUUGUUAUGGGUGACGACAGAACGCUAGGACGGCUAGCCAAGACUCUCCACACUAUACGGAAAAGGGAGGCACGACAUCUGCUGCUGACAAAGAGAGUGAAUCUGGAGAUGUAUUACAUUCCAGUCACUGACCAGUCGCCGCCUUCCAUUCAGGGGGAUCUUCCUGAAGACAUGCUGACACUGGCAGGGUACUUGGGAAGCGUGGAUCUGUGGUAUGACUGUAACAUCACCGGUUUGGGGGCCAUGAUUCUUAAACUGGCCCAAAUGCAGAGCAUCAGUCAGAGCGAAUCUUCAGACCCCAACACCUUCCUGCUAGAUAUCAUCUCGUACUACACGCGUGUCAGCCAGCAUCCGGUGCACCUUCCCGUCUACUCUGUCAAGAUCUGCUUCUCUGGGCUCAGAACCCACGCGGUGGAGGAAGUGUUUGUGGCUCAGCUCGCGAUGGACUUCCCCGAGGUCAAACGCUACAGAACUACGUUUAAAGACACAAUUAAAGGUUCAGUGCGUUACAAAAAAUACAACCUACAAGAAUUUCAUGGUGCAGUUGUGUCAAUAAAUUAUAGAAAGGCCUCAAUAAGUGACCGAGAAGUUGAGAAGGGAAUGUCUUUGUCAACAAGUGGCAUGUUAAUGAGGGUCACACCUUCCUGCAGAGUCAGAAGUCUACAUAGUGUCAGCAUGAGUUUCAAAGAUACGAAUCCCACAAGGCCUAGCAUGCCUUCACUCAGAGCUGUCAGUGCCAAUAUCAGGGUUCUGGAGGAAAGAACAUUCAGUGUGUGUUUGGAUAAAGACCCACAUAAAACAUUCAAGAAUGUCCAGAGCAUUGAAGUUUCUCCAUGCUUGGACCCGGGAUACUGCCAUCAGCAGAGUACCAAGUCCAAGUACAGUCUUGGAGAGCGAGGCGAAUCACUGAGCAAAUAUCUGAAUAAAACCCUCACGCUACCAAUCAACACCUUCUGUGGCAAUGAGCAAUGACAUAAUGACUCCAAUUCAUGAUAUGAGCCCUUAUCACGAGCGGAAUGAAACCUUAUACCUCUCUGAGGCUUUUACAUGUGCAUUUCCUCUUUUUGCCUCUUCUCUGUUGUCUAAAAUGUAACCUCAAGAGGCCAUGACUUCCUGCUGAACUGUGAACACAUGCCGUUUAUAUAGACUGUGUGAAUGUGUACUGAGUUAUGUUAAAAUGGUGUCUGAGGAUUCAUCUUGAUCUAAAAUGCAUGAUUUUUGUAAAAACGUCCUUCAGUCUGCACAUUUUAAUAUGUCAUGUUUACACUACUUUUAUCAUUUCAUGCAUGACAAUAUGAAUAAUGUGUUUGUAUAUUACUUUGGACAUGUAAUUUAACACUUUGGAAGCACUUCGACUUUCAUGUGACACUUGCCAAUAAUAAACGUGAUAGA